AUGACUCAGUCUUCUUUCACCACCAUUUACAACACUUUCUUCAAGAGAAACUCCGUCUAUGUUGCUUCUAUUUUUGCCGGUGCCUUUGUCUUCCAGGGUUUCUUUGACGUUGCCUGUACUAACUGGUACGAAGCCCACAACAAGGGUAAGUUGUGGAAGGAUAUCAAGCACAACUUGAUCCCAGAAGAGGAAGAAGAUGACGAAUAA